AAAAAGUAGCGAACCUACUCCUCUUUCGUGACAACGUCCCAAUCCCCUGCCUUUCUCCUCUGAACUCCACCUCCCUCUCUCUCUCUCUCUCUCUCUCUCUCUCUCUCGUGAUCUCUGCUUCUCUUCCCAAAAUAAAAUAAUAAUAAUAAUAAAACAAAGAAACUCCCAAUUGGUGGAAGAAAGCCAUUGCCAGCCAAAACAGAGCUCCAAACAAAACUAUAAUAUAAAACUCGCGGUAUGUAAACAAUAUACAAAUUUUUCACAAAUUGGCCCCUCUUAGCAAUCCAAUAAUUGAUCGAUAUUUAAUACCAGAGAAAAAAGAAAAAAAAAAUCAAAUCGGAAUUUGGGAAUUUGGGAAUUUGGGGAUUUAGGGAUGUGAUUCUGCGGGUCGAUUAGGGUUUGGCUGUGGUUCUUCUGGUGUGGAUGAUUAUGGUUAUAGAUGAUUCGGGACGGUUACGUGGUGCCUCUGGACUCGCAGCAGGCUCUGACGGUCGCCGUCAAGAAGAAGAACCCUCAGUCGUCCCGGAGCUGGGUCCUCGUCGACUGCUCCGGCGAGUCCACCGUCCUCGACGUCGACAAGUACGCCAUUAUGCACCGCGUUCAGAUUCACGCUCGCGAUCUCCGCAUUCUCGACCCUUUGCUUUCUUAUCCCUCCACGAUUCUCGGUAGAGAGAAGGCCAUUGUUCUCAAUUUGGAGCACAUCAAGGCAAUUAUCACUGCUGAUGAGGUACUCCUUCGAGACCCGUCCGACGAGAAUGUGGUGCCGGUUAUCGAAGAGCUUCAACGGCGAUUGCCUCCGGUGAACGCCAUCCGCGAAGCUCGAAGGAAUGGGAGAGAGUAUGCUGGUGGGAAUAAUGAUGUGGAUGCUGCUGAAGAAGAUGAGUCUCCAUUUGAAUUCCGGGCGUUGGAGGUAGCUUUGGAAGCCAUUUGUAGUUUUCUUGCUGCACGUACAAUGGAAUUGGAGACGGCUGCUUAUCCUGCUUUGGACGAGCUUACCUCUAAGAUUAGUAGCCGCAACUUGGAUAGAGUUCGUAAAUUGAAGAGUGCAAUGACUAGGCUAACAGCUCGUGUUCAAAAGGUGAGGGAUGAGCUUGAACAACUACUGGAUGAUGAUGACGAUAUGGCUGAUCUUUACUUGUCAAGAAAGCUGGCAGGUGCAUCUUCACCUGUUAGUGGCUCUGGUCCUGCUAAUUGGUAUCCCACCUCUCCUACUAUAGGCUCAAAGAUAUCAAGAGCAAGUAGAGCGAGUAUAGCAACAGUUCGUGGAGAUGAAAACGAUGUUGAGGAACUUGAAAUGUUACUCGAGGCAUACUUUAUGCAAAUAGAUGGUACAUUGAACAAAUUAACCACGCUGCGAGAAUACAUUGAUGAUACGGAGGACUACAUUAACAUUCAGCUUGAUAAUCACCGUAAUCAGCUCAUUCAGUUAGAGCUCCUCCUCAGUUCUGGAACUGUAUGUUUGUCCAUAUAUUCUCUGGUGGCGGGGAUAUUCGGUAUGAAUAUCCCAUAUACUUGGAAUGAAAACCAUGGAUACAUGUUUAAAUGGGUUGUCGUUUUGACAGGAGUACUUUGUGCCUUCGCGUUCGUAAUAAUUAUUUCGUAUGCUCGCUACAAGGGUUUGGUUGGAUCCUGAGUUUAUAUUUCCGAGCAUUUCCGAGCUGAAAACAACACUCAGAUUGAACACCAUGGACGUUCCUUCUAUUUGGAGGGAAGAUAAUUGGGCUGCCAAACACUCAAAGCUCAACGCUCUUGCUCAAUAAGUUGAGCUAUUUCCGUAUUUGGUGAAUUUUUUUUUUCUCCCUUUUUAGCUGCUGGGUUCAAGAGUCUCAAGGCACUCUCAUUCUUUUAAGUGGAAUUCUAUAUCGGAGAUGGAGUCUGGAAGCUGUUUUCAUCUCAAGGAAUCUGGUGGGUUUAUAUAAAUUUGUCAAACAAAGAGUACAAUGAUUACUUUCAACACAGGCUGAAAAAAGUCUACACAAUUAUAUAUAUUUCUUCUUUUGGUUAA